AGGGCCCGCCCCUGCUUUCUCUCCGCGCGGCCCUCCUCCUGCCCUGGGCCGGCUGCUGCGGGGCUCUCGGCCACUUUCCGGAGCCAUGGAGCCCACGACGCGCCCGGAGCCGGAGCCGAGAACCAACCAGAGCCUGUGUCAGGAGAGGAAACUGGAGCCAGAGUGCUCCAUGCCGGAACUGAGGCUUCUCCUCUUAGGCAAAAGUGGUGCAGGAAAAAGUGCCACAGGGAACACUAUUCUGGGCAAAGCUGCAUUCGUGUCCAAAUUCAGUGACCAGAUGGUGACUAAAACAUGCCAGAGAGAGAGUGGGUUCACAAAAGAGAGAAGGGUUGUGGUCAUUGACACCCCUGACCUUUUCUCCUCAAAGUCUUGUGCCGAAGACAAGCAACGUAACAUUGAACACUGCUUCGAGCUCUCUGCUCCCGGCCUCCACGUCCUGCUUCUGGUAAUCCCCAUCAGCUUUUAUAAGGUCGAGGACAUAGAGACAGUCAAGGGGAUCCAGGAGGUGUUUGGAGCUAACUCCAGGAGGCACAUCAUUAUUGUCUUCACUCGGAAGGAUGAUUUGGAGAAUGACUCACUGAAAGAUUGCAUUGAAGAUGAGAACUCCCUUAGGGAGUUGGUUGAAAACUGUGGAGGCCGAUACUGCGCUUUUAACAACAAGGCAAGUGAGGAUGAGCGGGAUGUCCAGGUGAGAGAGCUCCUCUGCAUGGUCCAGCGUUUGGUGGAUGAAAACGAAGGACCAUAUAUUGUGAAUCUCAGAAAUGAAGUCAGUGGAUUCCUGGAUCAUGUGAAUGAAGCCACAUCUCAGAAGGGGGACAAUCCACAUGGGCCAGGGGAGAAGCAGCUGCAGGCCACAGGAUGUGAACCGAGCCCUGAGUUGUUGGAACUGAGGAUCCUGCUUGUGGGGAAGCGUGGAGCCGGAAAAAGUGCCGCCGGGAACAGCCUUCUGGGGAAGGGAGUCUUUGAGACCAAAUUCAGUGAAAAGUCGGUAACCCAGAUGUUUGCGUCUGUGAGCAGAAACUGGAGAGGGAGGAAAAUUUGGGUCAUCGAUACUCCGGACAUUGCAUCUUCAAAGGACAUUAAAGCUGAGCUUCAGAGACAUGCCCCUCAAGGCCUCCAUGCCUUCCUGCUGGUGACCCCGCUGGGCUCUUUCACCAAGACAGAUGAGGCUGUGCUGGACACCAUCCGAAGCAUUUUUGGAGAGAAAUUCAUUGAGUACAUGAUCGUCCUCCUCACCAGGAAGGAAGAUCUAGGGGACCAGGAUCUAGAGAUGUUCUUGAAAAGCAAUAAUGAAGCUCUCUACCAGCUCAUUAAGAAAUGCAAAGACCGGUACAGCGCCUUCAACUACAGACUGAUGGGGGCAGAGGAGCAGUGCCAGGUGGACGAGCUCCUACAAAAGAUCGUGGACCUGGUGCUGCAGAACAGGGCCAAGCCAUGCGUCAUCAGCCAGGAAGACACGCUGAGCAUUGUCCUCGUGGGGGGCAGCGGCACCGGGAAGAGCGCCACGGGGAACACCAUCCUUGGGAGGCGUGACUUCCUCGACCAGCUCCGAGCACAGCUGGUCACCAGGAAGAGCCAGAGCAGCAGGAGGAUGUGGGAAGGGCGGAGGGUUGUGGUUGUGGACAGUCCCUUGCUCUGCCUGACGGCCAGCACUGAGAGGUGUCCAUCUGGGCUGGAGGAGGAGGUCAAACACUGUUUGUCCUGCUGUGAGGGAGGGAACAUAGUUCUGGUCCUGGUGUUCCAGCUGGGACGCUUCACUGAGGAGGACAAAAAGGCAGUGAAGAAUCUAGAGACCAUCUUUGGGGAGGACGUUUUGAAGUACACGAUUGCGUUCACUCGGAAGGAAGACCGAAGGGGGGACCUCAAAUUUUACCUCCAGGAGACAGAUAACAAAGCUCUUAAGAACAUAACUAAGAGGUGUGAGGAGCGAGUGUGUGCUUUUAAUAACAAAGAAACUGGCCAAGCCAGGGAAAAUCAGGCAAGUCUUCUUUUGACAAUGGCCGUCAAUCUGAUAAAGAGCCACAGAGGGCAUGGUUACCCCCAUGAAUGGGAGAAUGUCAACAAAAUCAUUAGAAAUAACCAGGAAAAGGACAAGCCCAAAAGCUUACUGAAAAAUUUAAAAGAUAUGGUAUCAUCAAUAACUGAUGCACGUGGGGUGUCUUUAAGUUAGAGACACCCUCAGUUGGGGAUGGGUGUGAGGUAGGGCUGGUGGGAGGGGAGGAGGGUCCAUGUCUUAGAGGGCUUGAAAGGCACAUGCUGGCCACCUUGCAAUGCUUCAGCUCUUAUUAGGUGAAUAAAUUGUCAGGCUGGGGCAGGGGAUUAGAAAGGAGAAAGGAGAAAUUAGGUGGGGAAAUCUUGAAAGAGGCUCCUGAGAUUGAGUGGCUAUUGAGGGUCAGAAUUAAAUCACAAGAAUCACCUCAACUGUGGACAUAGAGUGGAGUCAGGACAGACACAGUGACCAAGGCCAGCCUGGGGUCAGAAUACAGACAAAUACCCAUGAACCAGGGGAUCCAGACACACGAGGGUAGAGUAAUGAGCAGUGUCCAGCCAACUCCUGGUGUGGCAGAGUGGACAAGCUGGAUCCCGUGGGCCUCUGGGUGCCCAGGGCUGCUUGUCAGGCAUGCUGGUCUCCUGAGCUGCCUUGUCGCCAUUGGGCAGAACUCGGGGCCAGCACAUUCUUUUCUUCCUGGGGCGGAUAUUCUUUAGUGCUGUUUUCAUUCCAAGCCUGAAUGGAAAGUGGGCCCCAGUCUACUCUUCUUUAUUGUUCCUUAGGAAAUGAUCAUGAGUCUGUGAGGCUUCCAAAGAUUUUAUUGCUAACCACCACAGUGAAAGAGAGUAGAACAAAAAUCCAAAAUGUGGUAAAAUUGCCAACAUGAGACAACAUUGCAAAGUUCCAAAAUUCUAUGUAGAAUUCUAGGUUGCCUCCAGACAAGUUGAAAAUUCCUUUGCACUUUUCUCUCUCUCUCUUUUUUGGAUCCCCAUGGGUUAGGAAUUAGGGUAAAGCUCAGAGGAUUCAAAUAAUAGUCUCGAACACACUAGGGGCUUGUUGUGUCUCACGUCAGGAAGUCUGAGGGUAGGCAGUCUGAGGCUGGUGUGGAAUGUGGCCUCCACACUUAAAGUUGCUUCUCCAUUCCAGGAUGGUGGUGUUCCCUGACAUUUGAGCAGGUUAUGUUGAGGGGUGCCUGUGUGGGCAGUAUUUGAGAUGAGAAUCAUGGGGUUUUCUUCCAGGUAGGUGUAGUCAGAUGCUGUCAGUAUUAACUGUUUUAUAUAUGCUUUGAGGACAGGAUCUACAUCAUCCAUAUGCUUUUAUUUUUGGAAAGUUAUCAGUUGCCUUCAAGAUUAACCCACUUAUCAGAGCAUGGACCGUCACCAUCAAUCUGUUGUACUGCAAACCCUGAAAAUGACACAUUCUGGAAAAUGUAUGUAUAAGUAUAUUCAAUUGAGUGAAAUAAUAAAGAUGAAUUAUAUUAUAAA